AUGCCACUUUCUGACAGAGCGAAAGACUCGCUUUAUAAUGACGUAUUUCGUCAAAAGGAACCCGCCGCGGCCAUUUCAAAAUGUCCAAUGGCAGAUUUAUCACACGUAGAAGCGAGCCAUAGGCUAAAUCUAUACCAUCGCGCCCAUCGCUGGGAUCCAAACCUUGAAGAUGAAUACCUUGAGGAAGUGGCGGCUGCAGCUAAUACCUAUGAUACUAGCAUCACAAAUAACCAUAUCGCACGGCGGGUCCUUGAGAACUCGCCAUAUGCGGAGGUACGGGCUGCUGUCCGAAACACAGAUGAGGAUCUUCCGGUUGAUACGAUUCGCGCCUGGAUAAUCGGCAUGUUUUUGACCACUAUUGGAGCCGGACUCAAUUCCCUUUUUUCACUGCGAGCACCCUCGAUUGUCGUAAGUUCUAUGGUAGCUUUGCUUGUUGCCCACCCGCUUGGCCUAGCCUGGGCCAGAGUAAUGCCAGCUAAGACAAUCCGUGCUUUUGGCCAUAAAUGGGAUCUGAACCCAGGUCCGUUCAAUAUCAAAGAGCACGCACUCAUAGUGAUCAUGGCAAAUGCUUCCAUUGGGUAUGGCGUCGCAUAUUUUACGGACACUAUCCAAGCACAAGUAGCAUUUUACCAGACUGAUUUCGGCUGGGGCUGGAAUAUUUGUCUUGCUAUAAGUACGCAGAUGGUUGGAUUUGGUAUUGCAGGUCUUCUUCGUCGCGUUCUUGUUGAGCCAGGAUCUAUGAUCUGGCCUCAAACACUUGUGAGCACAUCAUUCCUCUAUACCCUACAUGACGACAGUCCACCGAACCCUGCAACUACGAAUGGUUGGCGAAUUCCGAGAUACCGAUAUUUUCUUUACGUGUUCACCGGUACCUUCGUGUGGUAUUGGUUUCCUGGUUUCAUCGCACCCUUCCUCAGCGUUUUUGCCUUUGUAACUUGGAUUAAACCGAAUAAUGCGCUUGUGAACCAAUUAUUUGGAGGCUGGACAGGACUAUCCCUCAUACCCAUUACAUUUGACUGGAGUCAAAUUGCAGGAUAUGUCUUGAGCCCAUUAAUUCCACCCUGGCAUGCAAUUGGCAACACUUUAAUUGGCACAGUUGUGACUUAUCUUAUUGUUGCCCCUAUCCUACAUUACACCAAUCACUGGUAUGCGAGACAUCUACCCAUCCAUGAUAGUAAUAUAUACGAUAAUACGGGCCAUAUGUACAAUGUUUCAAAGGUCCUAACCUCUAACAAUAUGUUUGACUUAAAUAAAUAUAAGGAAUACUCACCUAUUUUCAUACCCACAACUAUGUCUCUUACAUAUGGCCUGAAUUUUGCUGCAAUUGCAGCGCUGAUCGUUCACACCAUUCUAUUCCACGGCCAGCAGAUAUGGAUAAUGGCUAGAGACGCUCGUGGUGAUUUAGACGACAUUCACACUCGGAUGAUGAGAAAAUACCCGAAGGUUCCAGCCUGGUGGUAUCUCACCCUUCUCGCUGUCUGUCUUGCUCUAUGCUUUAUCACUUGCCUAGGCUGGCCUACACACUUACCGUGGUGGGGCCUUCUUAUCGCUCUUCUUAUUGCAUUCGUUUGGACAAUUCCCAUUGGAAUCGUGCAAGGGUCAACCAACAUUCAAAUUGGGCUUAAUGUAUUCACAGAGUACAUUGUUGGAUACAUGCUUCCCGGCCGGCCACUUGCUAUGAUGCUUUUCAAAACCUACGGGUAUAUUACCAUGGCACAAGCGCUAUCCUUCAUUCAGGAUUUGAAACUUGGCCACUAUCUCAAAAUCAAACCACGCUCAUUGUUUUGGGGGCAGGUGAUAGCCACAUUUUGGUCAUGUUUUGUGCAGCUAAUUGUAGUAGUCUGGAGUCUCGAUAACAUCGAGGGCAUAUGUCAACGUGAUCAGCCUAAUCGAUUCACCUGUCCCAAUGGCAGAGUCUUCUUUGCAUCCUCGGUAGUGUGGGGGCUAAUUGGGCCAGCCCGGAUCUUCUCUGGCAAAUCUAUAUAUGCGGGUCUCCAAUACUUCUGGGUGGCUGGUGCACUUGCCCCAAUUCUUUUCUAUACUAUUGCACGAAUUUGGCCACGAUCGAAGGCCCGUUUCGUCAACACACCGAUCUUGUUUGGCGGGACCCUUUUACUUCCGCCCGCAACACCACUCAACUAUCUUUCGUGGGCUAUUGUCGGCUUCAUUUUCCAAAAAUACAUCCGUUAUAGGUUCACGGGCUGGUGGAUGCGGUUCAACUAUAUCACGUCCGCUGCGCUCGACACUGGUCUCGCGAUUAGUACCAUUGUUAUUAUUAUGGUCCUCGAAUUGACCAACACCAACUUUCCUAGCUGGUGGGGCAAUACUACGGCUCUGGAGACCAUGGACCAAACUGGGACUGCCAUAAUCGACCCUAUACCAGCAGGGAUGACCUUUGGGCCUAAAGUUUGGUAG